AUGGAGGUGCUGCUUCCGCAGCUGCACUACGGCCAUGGCCAGUCCACGCUGCCAAACCUGGUGGCGGAAGCCGUUGGGCCCAUCCUGUUUGAAGCGGCAGCAUGCUGGCCCAAUGGCACGUCUGACAUGAGAGCGAGGUGCUGCAGCGGCGGCGACGUGGGUUGCUUCACGAGAUUGUACACCCACGAAAGGUGUUGCUGGGAGCAUGGCUCCACCUGGGGCCUACAGCGGCUGCCUGGUGCAUCUGCCGAGCCCCUCCAGCCGAGUUCGGUUCCGGAGUGGCCGGAGCUGAAUGACGAUGUGCUUCUUGUGAACCGACUGCAAGAAGACCCGCGUGGUGCGCGGCUUCUGCCGCGACGGCCCUUGGCCUCCUGCGUGCUUCAAGGUUCCGGCCUUCUUUUGAGCUGGCUUCAAUUCGUGGGCCGCUGCUCCGAGCUGCUGUGCCUGCCGCCUGUGCCUUCGUUGGACAUCUCUGUCCUGUGCCGACCGCUGCUGGCCCUCUCCAUGAUGGACGCCUACACGGACCUCUGGAACAUCCAGAGCGGCCGCGCGCCGGCGGGCCUGUCGGAGGUCCUGCAGCGGCACAACACGCACCUCUGGCAGGUGGCGGCCGCCGGCAGCUACUUGUCAAGGGGCCGUCCCACGAUCCGCUUCGGGGCGGCUUCGGCGCAGAGGUACCACGCCAUCGCCGACAUGCUCGAGCUCUACCAGGGGAGCGACAGGCGCUUGGUCUACGUUGAGGUGGGCGUCUUCGAGGGAGACACUGCUCUCCACCUGGCCAGGGUGGCGCAGCCCAUGAUGAAGGAGAUGCAUCUCAUCGAGCCGGACAGUCGGUAUUUGCAGCUGGCAGGUUCGCGGGUGGCGGCAGCAGUUCCGCAGUGGUCAAGCUGCUUUCAGAUUCAUUCCCCCCUACGCCCGGACUCGUGCGCCCAGACGCCCCGCAGUGGCUCCUUGCUGGUGGGGGAGGCGGCUCGCUUCGCGUGCGUGGAGUCUGCUGCCAGGAUGGGGGGGCACAUUUUCCUACACCUCGCCAAUGCCACCGUGGCUGCAAAGCGUUUUCAUCCUGGCAGCGUCGAUGUGGUUUUCCUCGAUGCGACGCAAGGGCGGUUCAAGGUUGUUCUGCACCACCUGGAGAGCUUCUGGGCCCUGUUGCGCAGAGGCGGAGUUCUGCUGGGGCAUGACUUCUACUAUGUUCCUGCACGGUGGAGGGGCUUCAAUGACAUUAUUGGCGCUGCGAUGGCCUUUGCUGCACGCCACGGGCGUCAGCUGUUUCUUGCUGCCGACCAGCUCUUCUGGAUGGUCAAGUGA